AUGCCUCGCAAAGCCGCGAGCAAACUCAGUAAGGGGUAUUCUUAUGCCUCUUCUGGAGACGAGUUCGAGACAUUACUUGGUAACUCCCCAGGUGUAGCCUUACCUGCUGUUCCAAUCGCAAACUCUUGGAAUUAUGGGGCCCAAACAACAUCUGCUUUGCCCACGCAGACUCCAGUGGAUCCAAACAUCAGUCCGGCCCACAUCGCCAAAAAGAUUGAGGCAGGUAUCCAGAUUGCACAGAGACGAGAUUCGCCAAGUCAACAAAGAAGAAAUCCCGAAAGGCGGACUCGGCGAAAAAGGGAGCCAACCCCCGAUCAAGCUCAGCUCCAGCAGGAUCUUGACGGUUUCGCAUCACCUACUCCUUCGCCUCCUGUCCGAAAUUCAGUAUCUACAGACUCAAGUUCUGGAGAGGAACCUCCACGUCAACGUCGCUUGUCAGUCAUGUCGAACGAGCCAUUGAGUAGCCCGGAUCGGGAAAGUUCGGUUGACAAUGUAUCUGAAUUGUCAUGGGAUCUGGAGCGUGAUAUCCACGGGGAUGAUCUGCAACGAACACGGCCAAGCAAAUACCGUGGUGAACGCCACGGCAAGAACAUCACUAAGCCUCCUCGUCGUCCUUCUGGACUUGGCCUGGCCAUGACCCAGGAAACAAUUGAAGAGGAGGAAGAGCCUUCCUCGGAGGAGGAAGAUGCAGCAGAAUCAGAUGCAGGAAAGGACGAUGAAGAGGACAAGAAAGCCGAAGCAGUCGAGGAGGUUGCCGUGGAACAAGAGGCUGAGCCCGUUACCAGCUCGUGGACCGCACCCGUGCGGACGAUUAUUCCAUCAAUGUUCCGACGCUCUCAAUCUGCUGAAGCCGGGUUUGAGAUGAAUUCACCCCAGCCGCCCAAGGACAGUCUUUCUCGACAAUGGUUCCCAUCAAUCAGACCGACGAGUCGCGAUGGCCAGCCCCAUACCUCAAUGCCAAAGCCGAAUCGUACCAACUGGAUCAGAGCUGGUCUCAUCUUGUUGCUCUCGCUGGCUCUUGCAUUUGCAUUACAAGGGGGUCUUUGGGCUGCGCUUCCACAUGACAAGAUGUCGAAACUGCGCUGGCCUAUUCCUUUCCGCCAACCCCGAAUCAAUCUACCUCCAAAUAUCACCGAAUCCGAAAUAUUCCACGGUUUCACAGACCAGGUUUCAAAGAUGAACUCUCAAAUGUCAUCCAUGUCUCGCGAGCUCAGCAGUGUUCUGGCAGAGAAUGCCAACGCCCCCCGUCCUACCGACAUUCAUGUCCCAGUCGUCGUGGGCCCGCGGCAUCCACCCAGAAUCAACUUCCUGUCCCCAGCCAUGGGAGCGAUAGUCGACCCAGCCAACACCGCCCCCACCGCAAGCGAAAACCAUCCGUCCUACUUUAAGCGUGUGGUGAUGAGAAUGUUCCGGCUCGGGGCCAACUUUGGGCGAGGUCCUCUUCCUCCCGUGGCUGCUCUUUCACCAUGGGAAGAAACAGGAGAUUGCUGGUGCAGUACACCCCGUGAAGGAGUUACCCAGCUCGCGGUCCUACUUGGCCGUGACAUCGUCCCUGAAGAGGUAAUUGUCGAACACGUCCCCGCCGGCACUACCCUCCAUCCAGACUCAGCUCCUAAGGAAAUCGAAAUGUGGGCGCGCUUCCGCGUCAUUCCUCUAGACCAAGAAGAUAACAAUAAUACCGAGCAAUCUUGGUGGCCGUGGUCUUCAAAGAAAAAAAUUCGGUCCGCGGAGCCCCCAUCCGCCCGAGAAGCAGGACUCGGUGGCUAUAAUAUUCCGGGCGAGAAAUCGCUGCAUGAUGUGCUCAUGAGCUCCCUUCGCAUCUCCAACGCCUUUGAACCCGAAAGCAGCUACUCAGACGACCCUGUCCUCGGCGCGAACUUCUACCGCAUUGGGAAGAUGGAGUAUGAUAUUCACCGCGAGAACAAUAUCCAGCGGUUCGCGCUUAACGCCAUCGUUGAUAUUCCGACUGUCCGGGUGGACAAGGUGGUCUUCCGAGUCAAAUCGAAUUGGGGCUCGGAUAUUACUUGUAUCUAUCGCAUUCGGCUGCAUGGACAUCUUUGA